AUGGGCAGCCCUCGGAGAUACAAGCCCGGAGAUUUCUUCCCCUCCAAUCAUCUUCCUCCUCCCCAUGCUCCGGCGGCCUGGUCAGCGCCGGAGCUCCCCCCUGCGGCCGUGGCGGCGGGAUACUCCAUUCAAACCUCGCCGGAAAAGGUCCCCUCAAACGGCGGUGGCUCUGUCAAUGUCCACCCGCUGCCCCUUCCUCCCGGGGCAGUAGCAGCCGCCAGAAACGACUCGCCGUUCAUGGCGGGCUGCUGGCAGAAGGGGAAGCUCAUCGGCAGCGGGACCUUUGGGAACGUCUACGUGGCCACCAACAGGUAUUCCCAUCGCCGCCCCGGCCCUGCACCCUUUGAGCUGCAGGUGGUUGACCCUGUCCCCUCCGACAGGCACACUGGCGCUCUGUGCGCGAUGAAGGAGGUCAACGUGAUCCCCGACGAUCCCAAGUCCGCCGAGUGCAUCAGGCAGCUGGAACAGGUUCUCCCCCUAGACCCGUGUAUGUUCUCCACGAGCUCAUCUCCUGGAUUAGCCUGUGAUUUUCUCUGCUGCGAUUUCAGGAGGUCAAACUUCUCAGCCAGCUGAAGCACCGAAACAUCGUGCAGUAUUAUGGGAGCGAAAUCGUGAGACAAUCCCCCUGCUGAUUUUCAGGUCGAUCCCUUUGACCGCCGUAGAACCUUCCGUUGACUCUUUGCCGCCGCAACUGCAGAUCGACGACCGAUUCUACAUAUACCUGGAGUACGUUUAUCCGGGAUCUAUAAAUAAAUAUGUUCGGGAGCAUUGCGGCGCCAUCACGGAGUCGAUCGUCCGCAACUUCACGCUGCAUAUCCUCAGGGGGCUCGCGUAUCUGCACAGCAAGAAGACGAUCCACAGGUCCAGCUACUUCCAACCCUUCCUUCUUGAGUGGGUCUCAUCUGUCUGUGCAAUCGGAUGCUCAUCUGCGCCCCUGUUUCUUGGUUCUUAACAGGGACAUCAAAGGGGCAAAUCUACUCGUCGAUGCAACCGGGGUCGUCAAGCUCGCCGAUUUCGGCAUGGCGAAACAUGUGAGCCCCUCGAUAUCCCUUGCAAGCAUACUGAUCGCUUCCACAUAUGUAGAGAGAGAGAGAGAGAGAGAGAAUUGGUUAAUUUGCGCAUGAUUUAACUGAUAAAUGCACAUGGGUGCUGUUCUAACGAUGGAUGGGCAUUCAUGGGUGGGUGCCCCCGUGCAAUUGGCCGGCAACUGGCGGCAUCUGAUUGGUCUCGUUUGUCCUCUUGGGCCAGCUGAGCGGCACCGGAGCUGUGAAUUCAUUGAAAGGAUCCCCGCAUUGGAUGGCCCCAGAGGUACUCCCUCUCCUCCACUGGAACAGAGCCUAGCAGUGCUCUUCACCCCUUUUCUUUUCUUUUUCCGUUUCUUUUCUUCCUCCUCGUGGGGAGACUGUGCUUUCCUCGCGUCCAGGAGGUUCUUCGUUCUGAGAGCAGCUGUUGGUAGUCGCCAGUUUUCUUGGAGAUCGAUCGCUUCAGACCGCUGUUAGUAGUUUCGUCUGUUUCUGGGGGAUCGUUCCUUUUUUCAGCAGUCGCCAUUAGAGCUUUCCUAUUUUCGUGGAGAUGCUUCGCCCAAUCCAUUCUUCCAUCUGUGUGUGUGUGUGUGUGUCUCUCUCUCUCUCUCCUCCCUAGUGGAUCCAAGAUUCUGAAGCGUAUAUGUUUGGCUGGCUUCUGGGUGCUUUGAUUGCAGGUAGUCCAGGGCACCAUGAACAAGGAGAUGGGGUAUGAUCUUUCCGUGGAUAUAUGGAGUCUGGGCUGCACCAUCAUAGAGAUGUUCACCGGAAGGCAUCCCUGGGACGGCUUCGAAGGGGUACGUGCUUCUGACCCAAUACACAACGAGAAAGAGAGAGAGGGAGAGAGAGAAGAUCUUCUCAUCAGUCUCUCUUCUUUGAUCGAUUCUCUGACACUACACUCUUUUAUGGCUAUUCUUCUCUCUCUCUCUCUCUCUCUAUCUCUUGCUUCUGUUUGGACAUUGCAGCCGCAGGCGAUGUUUCAAGUGCUCCUCAAGUCCCCGGAGAUACCUGAAGCGCUGUCGCCGGAGGGCAGGGACUUCCUUCAGUGCUGCUUCCGCCGGAACCCCUCCGACCGGCCGACGGCGAGCCAGCUGCUGGACCACCCCUUCAUACGAGGCUCCCACGAUCCGGCCGCUCAUCCCUUCUCCUGCCUCAGGCAGCCAGUGAGUCCCUUCUUCUUCUUCUUCUUCUUCUUCUUCUUCUUCUUCUUCUUCUUCUUCCCAUUCUUAUUCCUCGUCCUCUUCUUCCAGGAGGUCACCGCGCAUAGCGCGAGAGAUGGGAGACCCAAAGCGGACCCGCCGGCGAAGGGGAAGCUCCAGAACGGCUUCAGCCUGCGGACGCCCUUCAGCAACAAUAUCUGA